AGUCGGCCGUGAGCCAAACUGCCUUGUCAUUGUGAGGUGUCCCAGUGCUAGCCCUCAGACGAUAAUUUUCACUUCACACCAUAUCCACGGCUGUUUUCAACACACCUGUUAGCACCAUGCCGACUCUUACACAAAAGGCCUUCAAACCAGGCUCCACCUGCCCCCCUCCCCCCGGACCAGGCAAACUCCGUCUGUACAGUAUGAGGUUCUGUCCGUACGCACAGCGGACACGUCUGUUCCUGGCCGCCAAGGAAAUAGAAUAUGAGACCGUAAACAUUGGGGUCCUGUCGGAGAAGCCAGCCUGGUUCCUUGAGAAGAACCCUCUGGGUAAGGUCCCUGUCCUGGAGAAGGAUGGGAACAUUAUCUACGAGUCACUCGCAUGUAACGAGUACCUGGAUGGGAUCUACCCUGAUAAAUGUAUCACUCCCAGCGACCCUCUGGAGAAGGCACAGCAGAGCAUGGUUCUGGCCCUGUGGGAUGCAAAGGUGAUUGGUUUCUACUACAAGCUGAUUUUAACCAAGGCUAAGGAAGAGUGGCCAGCUGUGGCAAAGCAGCUAGUGGACGGUAUGCAGGUCAUGGAGAACGCUCUCACACAACCGUUCUUCUCCGGAGACAAGGUGGGCGCCCUGGACUACAACCUGUGGCCGUGGUUCGAGCGGUUCUCCAUGCUGAAGGACCGCGGAGUUGAGCUUCCGAAGGAGAAAUUUCCCAAGAUUACCGCGUGGAUGGAACACAUGUUGGAGCAGCCUGAAGUCAAGACCUGCUACUUCCCACCUGAAGUUCAGGAACAGUUUGGGAAGUCCUGGAUGGCAGGCAGCCCUGACUAUGACAUUGGCUUGGAGGAAUGAACAUUG